AUGCCGAAUGAUAUAGCAAGACCGGAGAAGAAAGAGGAUUAUAAUAAAUUUACGGUCGGAUGUGUUCACAUUAGUCAUGUUGACUUAUACGUUAUUGGUCCUCGCGGAUUGGUAAUCGAGGAAGCUUUGAAGAACAACGGAAAAUAUGUUGAAACUAAUUUGGUGAAGGUUACUCUUUCAAAGUGGAAUUCGAAAUGGGUGAUGUUAAAAGGAUGGAAAGGGUUAAUUUGGUCCAGAUUCGAAGUUUUUCUUGCAAAUCAAGCUCAUAUGCUGGUCAAUGGAUUCGAUGUUUCUGAACAUGAAGUGGUACAGUUUGAAGUUACCACAAAUGGCAUCAUUUGGGUUCUUUUUAAAUCGAAUGUAUUGGCGCGAGGGCAUUUGGAAUUUUGGAAGAGACAUUGGAAGUUUACUGCAAUGAUGCCGAAUGAGAAUCUAAUUGUAACCGUCGAACAUGAUUUGGUCGCCAUCAUGGAGGAAGUUCCCGGUGGAGUCGAUGUCGCCCGGUUUUCAGUAUCACCAGAUGGACAGAAUCUCAUACUUAAGAUUCGUGGACAAGAUCGUAUUCCUUGUGUGAAUCCGGAAGAUCGGAAAGUUAAGAAGCACUUCAUUCGAUAUGAAUCAAUGUUGAUAGAAAAAAUCGAGAAGUUUGAUUACCCUCUUCCGCCCAAAGGUGUUCGGCAUGAAGAUGUGAUCAAUAAAUUAUGGUCCCUCACAUGUAUGGAUGCUUAUUUUAUGGCGCAAUUUCUCGAAACGGAUGAAUUGCGAAUGGAGAUUCUUAAUGAUCUAGGUGUUUUAAACUACAUAUCGAAACAAUCGCAAGGGAAAUUUUUCACAAAUGAUCCUGAAAAUGAUUAUUCCCAGUGGUCCUACAAUGCCCCAGUUAGGGAAGCGGUCUUGAAAAGAUUCGAAGAACUUGAAGCAGAGUAUCGAUAUGAAAUUGAAGACGACGAACUUGACGACCCAUUGACCAAAUAUCGUAGAAAUGAUGUAUUAAUAGGCACUGUGGCCCAAUCGAUUAUGACUAACUUGAAUCAAAUUCUUCAUCCAGAUUGCAACGACUUCAACCGCGAAGCAUUUCGAUUGUUUUACCUUUGUAUUGGAAGAAUCGAGGAAAUGAUGACAACUCAGACGGUUAAACCUUCACGUAAACCGUUAGAACGACUAGGUGUUGUUCCUCGUUUUCGCGUCGAAAAUAUUCCUCAUUUAUAUUCGGAACAAAUCAAAUCAGGAGUGAGAAUCAAAAAAAUGUUCAAAUUAGAUGCGAAGAUCAAAUUCACAAUGGGAAAUAAGAAACAGAGUUUUUCAACGAAUCGCGAAUUAAUAGCAAUUCAAUAUCCAGCAUUUGUUGAAUACAUUAAUGAUGACGAAAUUCUUGAUUUGGAUGAGCUUACACUGAAAAUAACGCAAAAGGAUUUGAAUUUAACAUCAAUCACUCGUCAAAUUCUCUAUAAUUUCAUUUUUCAUAGUGGAAAAACCAAAAUUGCUAUUCCAUCUGCGGAUAUUUCUCAAUAUAACACAGUUCUCGGCGCUGUUGGGCUUAGAGUUGUUCCAUUUAGUUCGUUGGCGAAUAACUCGAAGGAAUGUUAUGCGGAAUUGAUUCAAUGCAGUGGAAUUUUCGAUAGUGAGAACACUCUAACUGCUGAUAAGAUUUCGCUCAUCAGUGUUCAUGGAGUAGAAACUGCUGUUCACAAAAAUUUUCUCGCACUUCAUUGUGGCUCGUUUUUAGAACUUAUGAUGCAAAGAUCGACGUCUACUGGUGAAUGUAGAAAAAUACGUGUUCCUUAUUCGGAGAGGGUUAUUCGAGCCGCUUUGGAUGCUGUUCGAAAUCCAAUGACAUUGUAUAAAAUGAAGAUUUCUCACAUUCUUUCAUUAAUCAACUUUUUCUUCUAUGCAUUGAUGAAUCCUAUUAUAGAAGAUUGUUUUGAUGUUAUCUUCGACAAAGUUACUCGUCUCGAUAUGCCAGUUCUUUACGACUUGUACAAAGUUCCCCAAUAUGAGAAUCUGAUUGUUUCGAGAUUAAGAAAAGAACCUCACAGAUUGUUUUUCGCACCUCAUACACAUUUACUGCCAUUAAAAUUAAUCCGAGAUUUCUUGAACGCCACAAUGACCAACCAGCCGUCGGCGGCCGAUACGCGAUUCGAUGCGGAAAUCAAAAAGCGUCUGGAUCAGUUCGAACAAUCCGGUGAUUUCACACUCGAGCUUCCCCCAAUGGAUCGAGAAAAAAGAAAAAGAGUUCACGAGCUAGCAAGGCGAAUGAAUUUAGGAACGAAAAGUGUUGGUAAUGAGCCGAAUCGUCGUAUUGUGAUUUCGCGUAAAACACAGUCGUUCACGAGAGCUAUUACCGCAUCAACAACACCAAUUAUUUUAAAUGAAUCCACAGUUGAUUCGGUGAACAAAUUUAUCGAAAAAUAUCCGAUUAGUCAAAAAAAUGUACACGACUUUAUCUCUCAACGAACUGCAAAUGAGACAUUCUCGAAGAAUCGACCGGGAAUCAAGAAUCGACCAUUGAUCCCGCCACCAUCAAAAUGCACGAAUGAGUCGAUAAAUGUGAAACGACGUGAAUUGCCGUCAUUCCGAUACAAGCAUAGAGUUAUCGACUCGAUCAACAGGAAUUGCGUGAUAAUUGUUAGUGGUGGGACAGGAUGCGGAAAAACCACACAGGUUCCACAGUUUAUUCUCGAAGACGCCUGUGAGAAAAAUUAUCCGGUAAAGAUCAUGUGCACACAACCGAGACGACUUGCCGCGAUAUCGAUUUCCGAACGAGUGAGUCGAGAACGCGGGGAGAAACUCGGAGAAACGGUUGGAUACCAUAUUCGAUUGGAGCAGAAAACAUCCGAUUCCACUGUUCUCACGUAUUGCACAAGCGGGGUACUCUUGAGGAAACUCUCCGCAGAUCCGAUGGCAAAUGGAAUUACGCACAUCAUUUUGGAUGAAAUUCACGAGCGAGAAACGAAUACCGAUUAUCUGCUGAUUGCCUUAAAGCAGGCUUUAAGGUUUCGGAGGGAUCUCAAGAUCAUUCUGAUGUCAGCGACAAUUGAAGGAAACAUGAAUUUAUUCGAAACAUAUUUCCAUGAGAAAUAUGUCGACGUAAUUCGAAUCGAAUCAAAACUUUUCGAUGUCCACAAGUUUUUCCUCGACGAAGUAUUGGCGAUGAUCGGCUAUGAGCCGCCUGAAUCAAUAUUCGGCGUAUUCGGCGGGAAUGAGAAUGACAACUUCCCCUCAAUGGAUGUUUGGGAUUCGUGGGGUUCGACGAACAACGGUGCUGGUCACCAACAAAUGAUGCGACACGCAAAUACAAUGCCGAAUUUGAAGGAAGCGUGGCAUGACCGGUCGCCGCCUCAAUAUUACCAGAGAGUUGAUCAAAGGAACCCGUCGCAUUAUUACAAUCAUCCACCGCCCACUCAUCCACCAAAUAACGGUUAUCAGUUGCUAACGCACACUUAUAAUAAUGGGCGAAAUUGUGUGGUGAAUGAGAAUGGCGAAUGGGUGAGUGGUAUAUAUCAGACGUCUGAUGGAGAUGUGAUAUCGGAGAAUGAAAUGAAUGAUUACAUGGAUUUGAUAGUUGACGGAAACGAAAUACGCCCGAUUGUUCCGGAUUUUCAACCGAAGCAACCACCGCCGCUAACACCGCACAAUUCCUAUGGGAAUGGAACCUAUGGUGUGCCAGGACCUUCGCAUCAGAAUUUCCAGAAUCCGCCGCAAUCGUUCUAUACGCCGAAUAAUGUGCCACCUUCACACCCGAUCCCACCUCAACAAUCAUUUUCGGCAAUUAGCACUGAUGCGUUUGGAGCUCAAAUGAGGCGUGAAAGAAACACCGAGCAAUUAAUGAGACACGAUUUGGCGAAUGCUUUGCCAAAUCGGCCGCCAUUCUUUGUGCCGGAUGUUAUGAAUCAGCUGCGACAUGUCAAUUUUCCACAAUUGGCAUUAGAACAGAAAUAUCUUGCGUGCGGUGGAAGUCAGUACGAUGAAAGCGUUGAUUAUCACCUGGUCAGCGAAACAAUUCGAUAUUGUGCCGACAGUCCGAUUAUUGGUGCGAUUCUCGUGUUUUUGCCCGGAUUUGAUGAUAUAAACAAAGUUCGCGAAGAGAUGGAAAGUUGGAAAUGCAGUUUGACGAACUACUCGAUGGUUGAGGUUAUUUGCUUGCACUCACAGAUGAAUUCUUUUGAUCAGAAUGAGGUGUUCAAACCAGUUGCGAGAUCCGUUCGAAAGAUUAUUUUGUCGACGAACAUCGCUGAAGCUUCGCUUACCAUUGAAGACGUUAUUUUUGUGAUCGACACCGGAAAAGUCAAGGAGAAAGUCUAUCGACAUGACACAAAAUUCAGUCAGCUCAAAGUCGCAACGAUCGCGAAAAGCAACGCCGAACAACGCGCUGGUCGCGCUGGACGUGUUGCCAGUGGAUACUGUUUCAGACUGUUCAGUCAACGACAGUACAAUGAGAUGGCUGAGACGCAGGUGGCUGAAAUGAGACGAGCAGCGAUAUACGAUGUGUGUCUUCAUGCGAAACUCUUUGCUCCUAAGGAUAUGCGAGUUGCCGACUUUCUCACAAUGGCUCCCGAGCCACCGACACGAGAAUCGAUUGAGCAAAGCAUGGACUUUCUUGAGAAAUUGGGAGCUUUGUAUUCUGAGAGUAAAGUGUCAGAAUCACUUCCAGAAGGUGAUUUUGACGAUGUUGAUCCCGAACUCACCGAGCUUGGAAGAAUCAUGGCUCAAAUGCCGCUCGAUCCUCAACUAGCCCGCUUAAUCAUAUUCGGACUCGCUUUGAAGUGUCUUAAGCCGAUUGUAAAUCUUGUCGCAUUAUUGUCAUACAGAGAUCCAUAUGUCAUUACAACCGCCACAGAUCGCGAAUUAAUGAAUAAGAAUCGAGACAAAAUCGCGAGACGCGAUUUUUCCGAUCAUUUGGUGUUUAUCAAGUUGAUCGACGAGUUCAGCAAUUUGCCAUCUCGUGACACUUUCGCUUAUUGUCGUGCUAAUUAUCUCAAUGCGAGCACCAUGCGAAUGAUCGUCGGUGUUCGCAAACAGAUUCUCAACGAACUCGCGAGAGUUCGGCUCAUCGAGUAUGAUCGUGACGUGAUGUCAGCACUCAGCAAUUAUGAAUACAACAAGUAUGCAGAGUGCUGGCCGGUGGUACAGGCCGCGAUUUCGGCGGGCUGCUAUCCGUCUGUCGGUGUUAGCAUCGGUAAUUCGGCGAAGCUCAAGAAAAUCCAAACUCACGCUGAAAAACCUUCGACACUGCAUCCAUCAACGGUCAUCAAACGUCAGACUAAUAUAAAAGCCCGAAGCGUCGAUGAUGAGCCGGAACUUCAGUUUGUUGUCUAUCAAGAAAUGUCAAUGAUCGAUGGAGGACUCGUGCUUCGAACGGUUUCCGUUGUUCCGCCAGUUUGCAUUCUUCUAUUCACUGGCUGCAUUCAAAUGAAAAUGUCGGUUAUCACCGAGUACGCAUUAUAUGAAGGGGCAAAUGAGGAUAUCUUAAACAGACCUCAAUUUGGAAGUAUAGAUGCGUAUGAAAUUGAACCUUGGUAUGCAGUGCGAGGAAAAAGAGAGGUAAGCGAGUAG